AGAGAGAGGAGAGGAGGAGGGGAAGGUCUGGGGAGUGCAUGAGGAAGUGCAGAGGGGUCGGGGGGGAAGUCGGGGUGAUGGAAGUGUCCCAGGUGGUUGGGAUGAGAACGAGGUCCCGGACCUUGGCCCUCGCCUCCGCAUCUGCGGCGGCGGCGGCGGCGGCGGCGGAAAAGGAGAGAGCGGGGUCGAAGCGGAGGAAGGCGGCGGAACCUGCCGGGGUCCAGAAUUCUUACCUCCAGCUCCGGAGCCGGAGCCUCGUCAUGACCCCCCGGAUCGCGAGGACACCGGCGAAUCCCGGCGGGCCGCGGGCUCGGGGCCCUAGCCCAGCCUCUUCCGACCGCCUCUCCCGCUGUUCCAGCAACGCCUCCAGCGAGGUUGUGUCCGUCGAGGGCCGCCGGCGGUGCCUUCGAUCCGGCGAUCGGGAGGGUGACGACGAUUUGGAGACGUCGCCAUGUUAUUUCGAGCGCAGCAGAGAGAGGAAGGAGACGACGCCGCCGAGCGAGCUGCGAGGGGAAUCGUGCAACCUGGAAUCAACGGCGGGGAAGAGAAAAUCAAGGAGAUCGGCGACGGUGGAGGCGGCGGCUAUAGCGACGGUGGAGGCGGCGGAAAUCGAGGUGUUUUUCGCGGCCGCGGAGAGAGCCGCCUCCGAGAAUCUCCAAAUCUUCGGCGACAAGUACAACUACGACGUCUCCAACGACGUUCCAUUGGACGGCCGGUACGAGUGGCAUCGAGUAAAGCCAUGAUCAGAAGGGAGGGGAGUAAAAAGAAAAAGAAAAAAAAGAAAAAGAAAUGCAAAGUUGUUAUCUUUUUUCAUUUUAUUUUAAUUUUAGGGAAAUAAUGUACAGUUUUGUUGUAAGUUAACAAUCAUCCUCUUCCGCUGUCCCUAUCCCUCUGGAGUACGAGAUAUACGGAGAAGCUUCUGAACUGAAGCCCCCGUCCUUUCGUCUCGUUUCAGGUGGGCAAGAGGAACAUUUUAAACUCCAAUAAUUUGCUCCGCCCUAAAUCCUCCCUUCUCUC